CUGGUAAAACCAACAUCUCUCUGAGACAACUGGAGCUUAAACAACUUUACAACAACUUAUAGGAAGCAAGAUUAUAGAGAUGACAGAUUUGAAGAACAAGUACAGUAACCCUAAUGCAGUUGAUCGAGUUACCAGCCUGCCCCUGUUCAGCACAACACUGCAGCUUGUGGCAUCAGCCUACAUAGAUGUGAAGAGCUUUCAUCCUCUUAUGACCUCUGUGUUCAGCAUAGCAGAAAAAGGAGUCAAGACGAUGACACAAGUGGCUACUGAACAAGCCACACCUCUCCUGGUACAACUGGAGCCGCAAAUCACGGCUGUAAAUAUGUAUGCUUGUGAUGGGCUCAGCCAGCUGGAAGAGAAGUAUCCUGUCCUCAAUCAGACUGCAGAUGAGGUGGCAGGCCACUUGAAAAGUGCUUUCUAUAUUACCAUGGACAACCUGCAGGAGCAACUCAACAGCAAGAUCGACAGUGCAUUGGUCCAAACCAAUACAGCAUUGGAAACAACAAAAACAACUGUAGUCUCUCGGGUCAACACUCUGUUGGGCUCAAGGUUUGGCAAAGCAUUGGUCUUGGGACUUGACAGCGUACUCACAUUGUCCGAGGAGCUGGUUGAUUAUUACCUUCCUGCCACUGAGGAAGAGCUUAAGCAUCUGUCACUGAUGAGUUCCAGCACCUUUGUGGUUACUGAAGAGGAUGAGGAUGAGGGUCCAUCUCUCCAGGAUCGAGUCCAAAGUUUGAUUGUGCGUGUGUGUCUCAGAAUGUUUCAUCAGGGAGUGCUCAUCUGGAAGGAGCUAAAGCAACUGGGACUACUUCUCAGAUAUUAUACUGGGCAGAUGGGUUCCUCUCAGCUCUUUAAUGCUCUCCAUGCAUUGGCAUUCUGGAUCCUGAGAAUGUAUACUGCGCUGAUCAACAAAGUACAGCCCCAACAGCAACUGGCCCUCUUACAACUCUCCAACUUAAUUCAGGCACUCGCUUCCUUGCGGCCACUCCAUUCAGUGCUCUCUUUGGCAGGAGAAGCUCAGGCCUUCCUGGCUCUAGUGGUCAGUGACUUGUACAACCUUAGCAUGAUCCUCCUACAGCUUCUCAUCAACACCACACCGCUAUAUGAUCUGCUGAAACCUUCAACCAUGAUGCUCAUGAUGAACACACUCAGUGAGAAAAGCUCUUCUGAAAGUGAAUCAACAAGUCAAGAUCGAGUGCAUGCCAAUAUUUUUCAGGGAUUAGUCAACUUUUCACAGAUUACCAAGUCUGAGGAUCACUCAUCUUCAGAUAACCUCUCAACAUGGAAGCAAACCACAAUGUUGUUAGCAGAAGACUUGAAACAAAAGCAUUUCCUUCUGCCUAAAAUAACUAAUCUCAUGCAAAACAAAUCAGAAACCACACAGGAAGCAACAGAUGAUCAAGAAGAAAAUGUAAAGUCUGGCUCAGACGAGACUAUACAGAUGAGUUGUGACCAAGAAUUGACUAGUUCACAAACAAAUAUUUUUGAAAUCUCUCAGAAGAUGCAAAUCCCACUAUGCUCAGAAAGCAGAUUAGAUACCAAAGUGGAUUUAACACCCAACAGAGGUAUUGAAAUGAAUUUCCUCUUACAAGAUGUUUCAAAACCAGAAAAGGGUGCAGAAACCAAAAUAAAUAGUACUCAUGGAAGUGAAGUUGUACUACAAGACAGCCAUAAGGAAAAAAGAAAUCUUUUAACUAAACCAUCCACUGAAGCCUUAUAUUCUUAUCCUUUUCCUUCAAUAAAGGAUACUAGAUUUGAAAUCACCACAGACUCAUGGUCUGGAGUUGAAUAUUUGACAGUGGUGGAAUCUACAGUUGUAGACUCUCACCUGGAAGCAAGUACUACAAAUGAACCUACCAUAGAGUUACAGCCUGUGAUUAAAAAUGAGAUGAUAGCCAAAGAUAAUUUUCUUCAGCAGUCUGAAGUGCAUUUUAAACAAGAAGCCACACUUUUGUCUACUGUAAAUGAAAAAAUGAUUGAAGGUAGUAUUAUUCAAUACCAUGCAUCUGGAAAUGAAAGUAGUGUAACUGUUAAGCAAGAUGAACUUGAAUCAGCUGUGAAACUGAAGAGUGCAACUGAGCCUGAGGUCUUUAGCAACACCAUCAUAACACUGCAAGAUCUUUCACAGUGUUUCAUGGAACAUGUGACUCCAGCUGAAGAUUCAGUUGAGCUUGUGUCCAUGGUUGUGUCUGAAAUGACAUAUGAUUUGCAUGCUGGAGAUUUUGCCUCACAGGCUUUGCAGUGUGAAUCAAUGAAAGCUUUAAUGGAAGAGGAGUCCAAGACUCAUUUGGAACUGGAAAUUAAUUCAGAAUCUGAAUUGUCUUUGGAAUGUAAAACGGCAAUUGAAAUUGUGUCCACUUCAGAGUCAGAGUCCAGUUUGGACUAUGAGACUGCAGCUGAAUCUGAGAUAAUAGAUGAAUGUGUCUGGGAACACAAACCCUAUUUGCCACAGCACACCAUGUUAGACCUUUCUAUACAUCAUGCCACUGAUCCUGACUCUGGUCCUGUUUAUGACAGCAACCUAAAAUAUGAAACUGCUCAACAUCAUCAGUUCCAGUCCUUUGCUGAAUCUGAGAGUAUCAUACAGUAUAAUCCUGCUUUAGUCUGUAACAAGGCCUUUGGACAUAAACUUGAGCCUGCCCUGGGGCCUGAAGCCUUUAUUGAACAUGGGGCCCCUUCAGAUUUACCGAUUCCUCUGCUGGAAGAUAAUACUUCUAAUGAAUAUUCUGAAAAUGUUAAAACAUAUGCUAACAUGGAAAUACCUCCAAAGAAAGAAUCUGCUGCGGAAUCUCAGAAAGCUGUCAAAUACCAGGGGAGUUCUGAUCAAAUGCAUGAAGUUGAAUCUGAGACUUUUUUGUAUGAACUGGACAUAAACCGUGAAACAGUGAUCAGGGUUGUAUCUGAAAUUAAACUAGAAUCUCAGAUUGAAGAGCCAAAUGAAUCAAGCUCUCCUUCUGCUUUUGAAUCUACAGUCUCACAGGUUGGAGAUUUUCUGUCAGUGAGUGAUUCAGCUAGUGAAAGCAACUUGAUAGUGAAAUAUGAUUUCCCAAACGAAUGUGACUCUAAUAUGGAACACAUAAUCUCUGAUGGAUUCCCAACUUUUUCAGAAUCGCAUUUCAUUGUUGAAUAUGACAAGUCAAUGGAAAUAGAACCUGCAUCAGGACUUCAGUCUUGUGUAGAAUGUGAGGCUCUCGUUAACUCUGAACCUGUUUUGGAUUCUCAGUUUAUCAUGGAGAGUGUGAUGAGUUCUUCACAUGAACCUACUCAGCUUAUUCCAGAGACCUCCAUCAAAUAUGAAAUUGCAUCAGAAUCUCAGUUUGUCCAGUCAGAAGACAUCUGUACUGAAUCUGAUCAUAAUCCUGAGUCUCAACUUUUUUUGGAAAGUGAAACUGUUUCUGAACCCACUACAUUUUUUGAAUCUCUGUCAGAUGACUUUAUUGUAGAAUCUAAUAGCCCAGUCAAACCUGAAGCUGCAUUGCAGUCACAGAUGUUUCAAGAAGAAGAUAAGACUCACAUUAACAAAGACAAAGCUCUGCUCUGUCACACGGUUGUAGAAUGUCAUACAAGCCCUGAGUCAGAGCUUCAUUCUACUCUUGAAUGUGAGACUUUAUUUAAAUCAGACACAGCUGUAGGCUCUGAAACUGUUCUGGAACACUACACCUCUGAAAGUCAGACCACUCCUGAAUAUGAAUGCCUGUUGGAAAAUGAAUGUUCAAGCACUUCAGAAUCUCUCUCAUUUCUGGAAUGUGAUGUUCACAGCAAUAAUAAGAUUGCUUUACAAUCCGAGUUUGCAGUCGAAUUUGAAAAUUUGGUUAGAUCUAAAGAUGCUUCUCAAUACCAGUCAUCUUUACAAAUUGAAGAUCCCACCAAUCCUAAAAAGGCUUUAGUUUCUGAAUUGGUUCUGGAUUGUGACACCAAUCCUAAAGCUGAAAUUACUCCAGAAUGUCAUCCUACUCUUAAGCGUGAAAUUUCCAUCAAACCGGAACUUACUUUCAGCUCUCAGUCAUUUCCAGACUACAACAUGACUGUAGGUGAAAUGACCCCAGAGUCUCAGAAUAUAUUGGAAGGAGAAACUACUAGCAACUCCACAGGCCUUUACAAUUACAAAUUCACUGAAAUUGCUUCAGAAUUGUUUCUAGAGACCUCAAUACAUCCAAAUGAAUCAGAAUCCCCAACUCUUCUUGAAAGCAAGAUAUUUACUAAACAUGAAACUGCUUUAGAAUGUGACAGCAGCCAUGAAACAGCAGAUGAAAGUGAAUUACAAUUAACAUUUCCAUGUGAAACUGCAACCCAACCAGAAAGUACCUUAAGAUCUCCAUUUGUUCUUGACUGUAACACUACUGAAUUGGAAACUGAAAUCAUUAUUGAAUCUACAGCCACUGCUGAAUCUCAGGAUUUUUUGAAAUGUGAGCUCACCAUUAUGCAGAAACUUGCUUCACAAUCUGAGGAUAUUAAUGAAUCUGAGCACCCAGUCAAACCUGAAAGUGUAUCACAGUCUCAAUUUCCUUUAGAAAAUAAAACUAUCAGCAAAAAAGAAACUACUGUAUUAUCUAAUUUCAGUCUUGAAUGUGACACCAGUCAAGAACAUGCAGUUGUUCCAGAAUAUCAAUCUAUUCUUGAGUGUGAAACUCCAGUCAACUUAAAAACUGCUUUUGACUCUCAAUUUAUUCCAGAUUCUAAUACUGAAGAACCUGAAAAUAUUCUAGAAUCUCAGAGUCAAUUAGAAAUUGAAACAAUUACUGAGUCCAUAGGCACUUCUGAAUCUGAGGCUUUUCUGAAAUGUGAAGUCAUCUUUGAUAAUAAACAUGCUUCAGAAUUUGAGAUGUUUGUAGAAUCUGAGAACCUACUCAAACAAGAACUCCAAGAAUUUGUUGAAAGCAAAGAAACUAUUCAAUCCAUAACUUCUUCUGAAUGUCAGGCUCUACUCAAAUAUGAGGUUCCCUUUGAUAACACACACUCUUCACAAAGUAAGCUUAGUUUAGAAUCUGAGAAGUCAGUUCAAUUUGAGACUGAAUCAAAAUCCCACACAAUUUUAGAAACUAAGCCUCCACUGAAAGCAGAAAUUGCUGUAGUAUCUCAUUUGGACCCAGAAUGUGACACCAGCCUAGAAGUUCCAGCUGAUCCACAAUAUGAAUCUAUUCUUGUACAUGACACUCCACAUAACUUUGAAACUGCUUUAGAGUCGCAAUUUGUUCCCGACUCUAAUGCCAUAGAAUCCAAAACCACUCCAGAAAAUCGGCAUCAGUUAGAAAUUGAAACUAAUGCUGAGUCAACAGGAACUAUCAAAUCUGAGGCUUUUCUGAAUUAUGAGGCCACCUUUGAUAGUAAAUGUACUUCAGAAUUUGAAUUUUUUUUGGAAACCGAAAACCUUUACAAACCUGAAGAUUCAUCACACUCUCAAUUUGUUUUACAAAGUAAAGCAAUCACCAAAGAAGAAAUUGUUUCAGUCUCUCAUUUGGAUACAGAAUGUAGCACAAGCUAUGAAGCUGAAAUCACUCUGGGCUUUCAAUCUACUCUUGAAUGUCAGGCUCAAAUCACAUCAGAAACUCCUGUAGACUCCAAAUCCACCAUGGACUGUAACACAACUGAAUCUGAAACCAAUGUAGAAUGCCAGAAGUGUUUGGAAAGUGAAAUUAUGGUUGAAUCUACAAUUACUUCUGAUUCUCAGGAUGUACUCAAAUGUGAAGCUCCCAUCAAUAAUAAACUCUCUUCACAAAGUGAGUACAGUGUGGAAUCUGAGAAGUCAGAUCAAUUAGAAGCUGCAUCGAAAUCUCAUACAAAUUUAGAAACUAAGCCUCCACUGAAAGCAGAAAUUGCUGUAGUAUGUAAUUUGGAUCUAGAAUAUGACACCAGCCUAGAAGUGCCAGCUGAUCCACAAUAUAAAUCUAUUCUUGUACAUGACACUCCACCUAACUUUGAAACUGCUUUAGAGUCUCAAUUUUUUCCAGACUCUAAUGCCAUAGAAUCCAAAACCACUCCAGAAACUCAGCACCAAUUAGGAAUUGAACCUAAUACUGAGUCAAUAGGAGCUUCCAAAUCUGAGGCUUUUCUGAAUUAUGAGGCCACCUUUGAUAGUAAAUGUACUUCAGAAUUUGAGGAUUUUUUGGAAACUGAAAAUCUUUUCAAACCUGAAGAUUCAUCACAGUCUCAGUCUGUUUUACAAAGUAAUGCAAUCACCAAAGAAGAAACUGUUUCAGUCUCUCAUUUGGAUACAGAAUGUAGCACAAGCUAUGAAGCUGAAAUCACUCUGGGCUUUCAAUCUACUCUUGAAUGUCAGGCUCAAAUCACAUCAGAAACUCCUGUAGACUCCAAAUCCACCAUGGACUGUAACACAACUGAAUCUGAAACCACUGUAGAAUGCCAGAAGUGGUUGGAAAGUGAAAAUACGGUUGAAUUUACAAUUUCUUCUGAUUCUCAAGCAGUACUCAAAUGUGAGGCUUCUAUCAAUAAUAAACUCUCUUCACAAAGUGAGUACAGUGUGGAAUCUGACAAGUCAGAUCAAUUUGAGGUUGCAUCAAAAUCUCAGACAAUUUUAGAAAAUAAGUCUUCAAUCAAAGCGGAAACUGCUUUAGUAUCUCAUUUGGAUCCAGAAUGUGACACCAGCCUAGAUGCCGUAAUUCCUCCAGAAUAUCAAUCUAUUCUUGCGUGUGAGAAUUUAGUCAACUUGGAAACUACUUUUGACUCUUGGUUAGUUCCACAUUCUAAUGCCAUAGAAUCUGAAGCCAUGCAAGAAUCUCAGAGUCCAUUGGAAAUUGAAAGUAUUACUGAAUCUACAGGAACUUUUGAAACUGAGACUUUUAUGAAAUAUGGAGUUACCAUUAAUAAUAAAAUUGCUUCAAAAUCUGAAGUUUUUAUGGACUCUGAGAACCAGGCCAAACUUGAAGGUCUGUCACAGUCUCAGUCUCAAUUAGAAAAUAAAACUAUCAUAAAAGAAGAAACUUGUUUAGUCUUUCGUUUGAAUCCAGAAUGGGUCACCAGUCCUGAAUCUGAAAUUCCACCAGACUUGCAAUCUACCCUUGAGUGUCAGAUGACUCUGAUCACAUUAGAAACACCUGCAGACUCCAACUCUGUCCUGGACAUUCACACCACUGAAUCUGAAAGCACUGCAGAACUUCAGCAACUAUUGGGAAAUGAAAAUAUUGUUGAAUCAACAACUACAUCUGAAGUUCCCAUCAAUAAUAUAGUUUCUUCACAAAGUGAGCUCAGUGUAGAAUUUGAGAUGUCAGAUCAGUUUGAGACCACAUCAAAAUCUCAGAUAAUUUUAGAAAGUAAGCCUCCAGUCAAAGCAGAAACUGCUUUAGCAUCUCCUUUGGAUCUAGAAUAUGACACCAGCCUAGAACCUGCAGUUGCUUCAGAAUAUCGAUCUAUUCUUGAGUGUGAGACUCCAGUCAAUCAAACUGUUUUUGAUUCUCAGUUUGUUUCAGACUGCCAUGCCAUAGAGGUUGAACCCAUUCCAGAAUAUCAGCAUCAAUCAGAAGUUGAAACUAUUACUGAGUCUACAGGCACUUCUGAAUAUGAGGCUUUUCUGACAUGUGAGAUCAGCACUGAUAAUAAACUUGCUUCAGAAUCUGAGGCUUUUGUGCAGUCUGAGAUCCUGGUCAAACCUGAAGAUUCGUCUCAAUCUCUUUUAGAAAAUAAAAAUAUCACAAAAGAAAAAGCUGGUUUAGUCUCUCAUUUGGAUCCAGAAAGUGACCCUAGGCCCAAAGCUGAAAUAACUUCAGAAUUUAAGUCUACUCUUGAUUAUGAGACUCUGUUGAAGCCUGAAAUAUCUCUUGACUCGGAAUCUGUUCUAGACUGUAACCUCACCGAAUAUGACACUAGAUACAAAUGUCUGCUAGAGAGUGAUACCAUUACUGAAACCACAAACACUUCUCAAAUUAAGUCUUUCCUGAAAUUUGAAUUAUAUUCCAGCCAUAAAAUAACACCAAAGCUUCAGUUUCCUUUAAAGAUGGAGAACUGUGUAGCUUCAGAAAUGGACUCAGAAUCUCAGUAUCUUCUGGAAAAUAAAAUACUUACUGAAAACGAAACCACUGUAGACUCUCUAUUUGUCCCAAUUGAUGACACCAGUACUGCAUCUGAAGUCAAUUCUGAUUCUCAGUUUCUGUUAGAAAGUGAAACCCCUACUGAUUGCAUUAGCCUUUCCAAGACUGAGCCUCAUGAAGAAAGUGAUGUCCAUGUACUUAAUAAACCAGCUUCACAAGCCGAGGGUAUUUUGAAAUCUGAAAUACUGGUCAAAACUGAAGCUACAUCACAAUCUCAAUCUCUAUUAGAAAGUAAUACUACCAUCAAACCAGAAUGUAAUUUACUAUCUCAGGUGACACUGGAAUGUGACACAACCGAACCUGAUGUCAUUCCAGAAUCAGAGCAUCUGUUGGAAACUGAUACUACUUCUGAGUCCACAACCUCUUAUGUAUCUCAGGUUUUUCUGAAAUGUGGUCUCCCCAUUAAUAAUAGGUCCAUUUCACAAUCUGAGGUUAUUAUGGAAUCUAAGAACCUUGUCAAAUCUGAAGCUGAAACACAGACUCCAUCUCUCCUUGACAGUAAGACAUACAUUAGACCAGAAACUGUUUUUGUCACACCUUUGGAUCCAGAACCUGACAAAAGUCUUGAUACCGAAAUAUUUUCAGAAUGUCAAUGUUCUAUUGAACAUAACAGUUCUGACAAAUCAGAAACUACUGACAACUGUGAAUCUGUUUUGAAAUGUAGCACCACUAUAUCUGAAUCCCCACCCAAGUCUCAUUGCCUGAUGGAAAGCAAAUCUGUUUCUGAAUCUAUAAUCAGUUCUGAAUGUCAAGAUAUUGUGACAUAUGAAACACCCAAUAAUGAUGAACCUGCUUCAAAAUUUAAGAUUGUUGUGGAAUCUGAGAACCUUGUCAAAGCAGAAGCUCCUUUACAGCCUCAAUCUCGCUUUCUUUUAGAAAGUAAAAAUCUAGAAUAUGGGAACAGGAGUGAAUCGGAAGUCACUGAAACCAUUCCAGAACCUCGCCUUCUGCUAAAGAGUGAAGAUUUUGUAAAAUACAUAAGCAAUUUGGAAUCUCAGUCUUUUCUAAAAUGCAAAGACAACCUCGUUAACAAAGCAUCUUCAUCAUCUCUACUUACUAUGGAAGCUUUGAACCCUCUUAAACCAGGUGAUGCAUCAGAGUCUCAUUCAAUUCUUGAAAGUAAGCCUCUCAUUAAACCAGAAACCACCAUCCUCUCUUCUUUCAUUCUAGAAUGUGACACCAGCCCUAAAGCUGAAGUCAAUCCAGUAUUUCAAUCUACUCUUGAAUGUCAGAUUCCAAUGAAAAUGAAAAUUGCUUCAGGUGCACAAGCUCUUCAGGCCAGCAGCACCAUGAGAUCUGAAACUUCUCAGACUCUAUUAAAAAAUGAAAGCACUGCUGAAUCAACAACCACUUCUGAAUUGGAGGAUCACUGAUAAAUUUUCUUCAAAUUCUAAGUUUACAGUAGAAUGUGAGAAUCAAAUCAUACCUGAAGUUACAUUACAACCUCAGAUGCUUUUAAAAAAUAAGACUCCUAUCAAAGUCAAAACUGCUUUAUUUUCUCAUUUGCAUCUAGAAUGCAACACCAGCCUUGAAGCUGAAAUUACGCCAACAUUUCAAUCUACUCUUGAACAUGCAACUCCUGUGAAACCAGAAACUGCGCUUUAGUAACACUGAGUCUGGAUCCAUUCUAGAGUCUCAGCAUCAAUUUAAAACUCAAGCACAUCUGUUCAGAAAGUGAAACUACUAAGAAACAAGAAAUAGAUUUAUUUAUCCAAUUGGUUCUUGAAUGUGACACCACUCUUGAAACAAAAAAAACACUCCAGAAUGUCAGACUACUCUUAAAUGUAAGACUUCAGUUGAUCCAGCAGCAUCUUUAAGUCAUAAUUUGGUUUCAGAUUCUAACCAGUCAGGAAUAUCAGCAUCUGUUAGAAGAAGAAGGUUCUGAGUCUAAGUCUUUUGAGAAAAGCCUGGAAAAGGAAAGUAUUUCUAAAUCUACACCCACUUCUCAAUCUUAGGCCAUUCUAGAAUGUGAUAUCAAUGUUAAUCAAAAACUUACUUCACAAUCUGAGUCCACUAGCUCAGAAUAUGAAUUACCUACAGAACUUCCUGCUUCUCUUGAGGGAUCAAACCUGAGACUGCUACAGCCACUCAGACACUUUUGAAAUGUAACUCCCCUGAAUCUGUAAGCACUCUGGGACCUCAAGAUGUAAAACUUUGAAUGUUCAUCCAUGAAAUUGCUUAUAAUCUCAGUGUUCUCAAAAAUGUAAAAACCCUAAGCCACUUCCAUUUCAUGAUUUUCAUCUGUUCUUGAGUGUGGCAGCCUCAUAAAUCCUGAAACUAUUUUGAUUCUCAGCAAUAAUAAGUACUCACCCUAAAGUCACAAAUGAAUCUCAACAUUUAUUCAAAGCAAAACUAAUACUGAAUCCUCAACCACUGCAGAAUCCAUUAUUUUUCUGAAAUUUGAAGUCUGUAUCAGAAAUGAAAACAGUUUCCCCUAGAAUUUAAAGAGAUGUAGUCAAACCAGAAGUGGUAUCUGAAUUUGUUUUUUGUAUCAUACCUAGUGAAGUGUUUUAAACAGGAACCUGAAACCAAUACUUAAUCUAAAAAACAAUCAAUUUGUCAACUUGAUCUGGAAUAUGAGGCUCCUAGCAAACCAGGCAUGGAUUUAGAUUUUCAGUCUGUUCUGGACUGUGAGCCUAUUGAGUUUGAAAUUGAAUCUACUAUAGUACAUUGGGACAAUUACAGAAUCUAUGAGUUGCUCUGCAUCUAAGCUUUUUUUCUCCAACAUGAGGCUUAUGUUAUUCAUAAAACUUGCUUUCUUACUUAUCUCUGUUAUGCGAGACAUUAAUUAAACUGCAUCGCGCUGAGCCUAUUUGUCUGAAAUAUUCUGAAAUUUCUAUUUUUAAGUUACUUUUGAGUUUUAAUUUGUUUUACAGCGUGGAAAUCCCAGAAACAGAUGACAUAUGUGAUCCAUCCUUCAACAAGAGACACUUAUUAUGUCCAGUAACAUUUAGUAAAACUCCAGAAAUCCACACUUUCAAGAAACCUAAUAACCAAAAAGCAAACUCUACUGUGUCAGAGAUCAAGAUGGUAUUUGAAGGACAUAUUUUAUUAGAGUAUUUCUCAUUUCUAGCUAAAAGUUAGAAUGAACCGUUUCCUAAACAAAACUCAUGAAAUGGACACAGUCAAUCAACAACCUACAAGUACAUUCUCUUCUUGGACCUGUUCUUUUAUAACUUAACAAAGAUGUCAGAAUAAUGACCAAUUUCAGUUGUCAGAAAUCCAUGCAUCAUAUUUUGACUCUCAGUGACAGGCAAACUGUUACCUUCUGUCACCCAAUCCUCAUCUUAAAAUGGUGGGUGACUAAGACAAAAAAAGACUUCUCCUCUUACUAAACCUUCUACAGAUGUGACUGAGGACACACACUUACAGGAUAUCAAAUUAAUUCUAAAACCUUCAUAUCUGAGCUCCAUCUUAGUUUGGAAAUGCAGUAUUUGUCUUCUGUAUAACACAAUCCCAUUGUUAUUGAUGCAUUUUACUGUUUGUUCUUAUCUAUUAUUUAUAUAUGAUAAGUCACAUAAAAGCUUAUGAAAAUAUGCAAAAACUUAACAGCAAAUAUGUCCAUCCAUCCAUUCAUUUUCUAAACUCACUUAAUCCAAGUUUAGGGUCCGCAGGGACCAAGAAAUCAGGUGCAAGACAGGAACCAAACCUAAGCUGGCUUUAGGGUUCCCAAGCAUGUGUUUAGAAGAGGGAUUCUUAAACUUUUUUGUUGCGACCCAAUCUUGCCCUUUUUAAUGUCUUUGAGAAGCACUCCUAGUUGAAUGCUGGAAGGGGGCAGGGUUCAUUGGAGAAUCAUGGACAAUCAUCAAAGGAGUGGGAAAUUGAGGACGAUCAUCUGAACAAUGUUGAUUGCUUAAUCAACUUGCAGCAAACUAUCCGUGCCCCAUUACUAUUAAAUACAACACAACGCGAGCAACCUGCAACCAACUCAUAUUUUAAGUAAUGCUGGUUUAGAGAUGAAAGAAAAAAAAGUAGAAGCCCUGAAGAAAAGCUUGCACUGGGAUGAAGGAACUCCACAUAGACUUUGAUUGGGCCAAGCUUUAAACCCAGACUCCUGAAGCUGUCAGGUAGUAGAGCUAACCGCUGCACCAAUACAUAUGUAAUUGAGCCACCUCCCAUUACACAUAUUGCGCCUCGGCUGUUGUUUUCUCUACACUACUCUUUGUAAUUUAAAGUCAUUUUGAGAAUUCUUUUCUGCACUUUUGGUCUGUUGCGUUUCUUUCAAAAUAAUAUAAGACAUUUCUGAUAUCUUCUUUCCUAAUGUAUAAACCACAUAUUCUCAAUACAGCCUUUAAGCAUGACUUAAAUUACCUGUCUCAAUUCUUACAAGAUUUUUUUUAAUAUAGGAUUUCUAGUAAAGUACAGUUACGUGACUCUAUUUUUGUAGCUCUGGAGAAGGGAUAUAUUAACGUUGAAGAACACAGGAAUAUCAAAAAAUGACUGAACACUAAUAAGAAAAUAGCACACCUAAAAAUCCAUUUUUAUUUAAAAACAUAUGCAGGAGAGGCUUAUCAAUGGACGUUUUCGUUCCAAAACAGAAUGGCACUGUGGUUAGCACUGCCGGAUCACUGAUGCACUUUCAUAAAUUCAAAUCCCUAAUUGUUUUUGUGAACCUUUCAUGUUUGUUCCAUAUCUGAGAGAGCUUUGCUCCUCAUCUUUAAAUGCAUCCAUAUUCGGUUCAUUACUGGUUCUAAAGUGGCCCUGUGUAAGUGUGAGUGUGUGUGUGUGUAUGAAGAGGCCAUGUUGUGUUUAAUGCUGUCAAGUUACAGCUCUUAUUUAUUAUUGUGCUGUAUGCCCCUUCUGGCAGUGGCAGCAGCUUCUUUCUGUACUCUAUGCCUUCUUCAGCUUACCUUUCAUUGUCUUCAUCUGCCUCAUUAAAUCAUGCAUGUUGAUUUCAUAUAGCAUCUAUCACAGAGUAAUCUAUCAUAAAGCACUUUACAAAGUACCCUAGUACAAUAUCACCUAAUAUAUAAUACAUUAGAAGGAAACCAUCUUUAAAGAGUGUAUACAAGUAAACAUGAUUUAAUGCCAGUGGAUUAACUGUAAGAAAAUACCACAAAAUAUUAACAGCACCUAUACAGCCAGUACAGCAAAGUCGGUUUCAGGUGGAAGUGAUUCAAAUGAUGUUUUAAGUGUGAUCUUAAUCUGAAUCAUGUAUGGACCCAGUAGAGACAUCUAGUGAGUGGUGACCACAAAGAUAAGUAAGUGUUGCACAAUUAGACUUAGGAGUAGUGAGAAAGCCACUGUCAGAUGACAGAUAAUGUAUGUAGUUUGAAUGAACACAAGUGACCAUUAGUGGGUAAAUUAUCCAUACAUUAUCUUUACAUUCUCAAACCCACAUAAUCCAUUACAAGGUUACAGGGAAAAAGAGUCUAUCCAAAAAUAAUGGAUGCAAGAAGAAACCAGCUAUUUAUGGGGUGCCAGUGGGUUUCAAAAGAUUAUAUGUUGUAAGGUUUUACAUAGAAAAGGGAAUUUUGAAAGUGGCCAGAAGUUAGUCAAAAUGAAAGAGAAAAGGUUUGGCUUCUUCAGGAAAGGGACGAGUUUUACAGGCUUCAACGCAGAAGGCUCUGAGCUGAUUAUUGAAAAGGAGUAAAUUGUAUGUGUGAAGGCAGUAAUGCUUGUGGAAAACGUUUGAACUUGUGAAUGUCAACAGCAUUCGGAGGCAGAGCAGAUAAUGUCUUUCUGAAAAGAGACAGAAGGCAAGACUUAAACAAAUGAUUCUGGUUCCAUUUUAUAUAUUCAUUUAUCUAUAUGUUUAACCUUUUUAUGGAAUUGUCUCAGUCGCCUUUUUAUGUGUUAGCUUUUUGUAUGAGCACCGCUAUUUCAUGCCUCAGGUUUUCAUUGGCGCCUCCAUUGUUUGUGUCUGGUCUCUAAGAUGCUAAGUGGUUGCUAGGCAUGUAAUGCACAUGUGACUGAAGAUAUCACUCAGUCAACCAACCUAACUACUACUGCUGGAGCCAAUCCCAGCCAACACAAGGGUGCAAGGCAGGAACAAAUCCCCGAGUAGGUGCCAGCCAA